UUCUGAGUUGGACAGUUUUCCUCAAGGCGUUUCUUGGGCGCUGUGGCCUCAUCAGAGGAAACCUCAGAAAAAGCUACAGAAGGCACAGUCCAGGAGUUAAACGCCCUCUGUUGCGUCUUCCUAGGAGUGGAAAGUGUAUUUCAGUUACAGGCUACUUAUGCUUAAGGGGAAGUUAUCUGGACGUCUGUAGGCCAAGUUCAUACAUAGCAAAUAAAACUAAUAGUUUCCCUUGGUCUAGCCAACUCCACCCCUCGGAGGUUUGACGUUUGAGCCUCCUUGUAAACCCAAUGAACAAUUACGCUUUUCUCAAACUGACGACACUCAAAGCUUCCAAAGUUGGCGUGAUUAAAAUGGCUUCCAGAGGAAAGACAGAGACAAGCAAAUUAAAGCAGAAUUUAGAGGAACAGUUGGAUAGACUGAUGCAGCAAUUACAAGAUCUGGAGGAAUGCAGAGAGGAGCUUGACGCCGACGAAUAUGAAGAAACUAAAAGGGAAACUCUGGAGCAGCUGCGUGAAUUCAGCGACUCCCUAAAGAAGAUUAUGUCGGGAGAUAUGACCUUGGUAGAUGAGUUCAGCGGCAUGCAGCUGGCUAUUCAGGCGGCUAUCAGCCAGGCCUUUAAAACACCGGAAGUCAUCAGAUUGUUUGCAAAGAAACAACCAGGUCAACUUCGGACAAGGUUAGCAGAGAUGGACAGAGAUCUGAUGGUGGGGAAGCUGGAAAGAGACCUGUACACGCAGCAGAAGGUGGAGAUUCUCACCGCUCUCAGGAAGCUCGGAGAAAAGCUGACCGACGAUGACGAGGCCUUCCUGACAGCCAAUGCAGGUGCUGCGCUCAGCCAGUUUGAGAAAGUCUCCACAGACCUAGGCUCUGGAGAUAAAGUCCUUGCUCUGGCAGGUUUUGAGGUUGAAAAAGCCAAGAAAUGACAUUGCGGUGGUUUGGCGCCCCCAGCCCCAUCGUAGCUGCACAUGGUGCUUUCAUCCUGAGGACUUGGAGGCAUUGAGAAGCAGUAGAGAUUCUCACAAUGCCCAAGAGCAGGUGACACGGAAACAGUGUGGCUUCUGUUAGGUCCU